UAAUGUUUUCGCUAAUGUUUCCAUGGUGAUUUUUACUCGCGAUGCCUAUCCGCUUCGCGAUCCUCGGUGUUAAUUUUAGUUUAGAAGAUUGAGCCGAAGUUCAAGCACUUUCCUUGAUCGACUUCCCUCCUCAGGUGACUGCACAGCGACCACCUGACUCGCUAACCCCGGAGAGCAGAGUGAGGAUCUCAGCCAAAUGUGUUCAAACUGAAAUUCUCUCCUAAGUUUGACACAUUUUAACAAGGCGAAUGAAUGAUUGAUGGAGGACUUGCUGAAGCGGCCACGUGUCCGGCGGUGGUAUUGUUGCCCCUUCAGUUGUCAUGGUUGUGUUGUCCAGGUACUGCCUGUGUGAUUGGUGCGAAGGAGGCGUCUCCGGGCAACGCUGCUGGUGUUUGUGACGGAGCGACUGGAACGCACCGAAGAGAAGCCGGCGGCCGCUUCAUGGAGUCGGGCUGAGGGCUGAGCUAACAACCCGGGCCCGUUGGGUAAGCAUCGCCUUGCAAUCUGAUGUUUGAAUCUACUCCAGGGCGGAUGCAGCCUGACCUGCUGAGUGCAGCAUUUUGUUUCUAACUGAGAAUAUUGGAAGAAUAAUUUUCAGUUCACGAAGGCAAAAAUGGCAACUCUGAGUUUAAAGUCAGCUCAGCGCUACACAGUUCCUGACUGGUUCGCCAACAAUAACCAGAUCUCAUCCAAUUCGGAAAGACAGCGUUAUAUGUCCCAUCAGAUCCGGCAGGAAGGUAGAAGCCUGCGAAAUGAAACCAACAAUCAGACAAAAUGGGAUCAAGAAGAUAACAGCACUAGGCUCGCUGAGCGAAUGGAUGAGGUGGACCGAUGGAAAGAACUUUUGGAGAUAGCUCUUUGCGACAUUAAUGCUGAGAUAGAUGCUUUAAGCAAAAGUAAGGAAGAAGCAGAGCGUGCUUUAGAAGCCAAGAAUCUAAAUCUGGAUGUUGCCAUUGAAUCUCUAACUCUACGGGAAGGUCGGAAGGACAUUGAUCUUGUGACAGACCAAGUGCACGAACAGCUUCUUAAGGAAGUUGAGGUGAUUGAUGGUUCGAAGGAAGCUCUUCAGCAGAAAAUCAGUGAAGCCCAUGAACAACUCUGCUUGUUGAUGGAAGCACGUCAGCAGCUGAUCUUUGACAUCAAGAAUAAAAAGGAAGCUUUGGAUAUUGACGGAGUUGCUCUAUCUCUCAACAAUAAUUCCACAAAUAUUUCACUUAAACCAAACCCAUUGCGCAUCCCUCCUGGGUCCACCACUAUCCAGCAAUGGGAUAUGUUCAGUCGUUACAACAAGGAUCGCGCAGAAGCAGAGAUGAAUGCUUCAACUAAUCUUCGUGAAGCGAUUGCAGCCACCAUUAAAUAUACUGAUAAUGAAGUGGAGGCACAGCGAGUUGCCACUGACUUUGCCUUCAGGAAGAGAAUUCAUGAAUUUGAACAAGCCCUUAGUGAAUUAAAAUGGCAGGAGAAAAAUCUCUUGGAGGAAAUUGCAGAUCUUGAAGAGGACAUUCGACGUCUUGAAGCAGAUCUUCGAGCUAAGAUUGCUCCUUUGAAGGUGGCUCACACAAGACUUGAAGCUCGUACCUACAGACCCAAUGUUGAUCUCACCAGAGAUGAAGCGCAGUAUGGACUGAUAGAUGAGGUACACCAGUUGGAGGGGACCAUUGCUGCCCUCAAACAGAAACUUGCACAAUCUCAGGAUGCUUUGACUGCUCUCUACAAACAGCUGGCACGAGUGCAAGAAGACAUCGCCUUGAAGACCCAUUCACUCUGCCUUGAUAACAGGAGCAUGGAUAUAAGACGAAAACUCACAACUCCACCUGAGAAAUAUGUGUCAAAGAUGGAUAGUUUCACCCGUACACCCAACCGGCAACUUUCAGAUAUUAAAUGCAGACAACUUGAUUUAUUAUGAUCACAUUGAAUCUAGUACAAAAAGGAGAAUAUCCCUGUGUAAUGUAAUGAUGUUUCUGUUGCAAUGAUAAGUAUGAAUUACACAUGCUGUAAUCACCCAAGGAAAUAAAUAAAAGUGCCUAAUCUCUCA